CAUUUUGAAGUAGAACUAGUGAUUGCUACCUUAAUUUUCAUAUAUGAGAGUUGCUAAUAUCUCCUUCAAUGCAGGUUGAGGUUGCUCUGAGAGAUCUUAUACUCUCAGAUUAUGCCAAGAAGAAUAAUAUAAACACCUCGGCACUGACACAGUCUGAAAUUCGUGAUAUAAUACUGGGGGCUGAGAUAACUCCACCUUCACAACAGAGGCAACAGAUUACGGAGAUUGAGAAGCAUGCGAAAGAAGCAAGCCAACUUAUAACAGUCACAACAAGGACAACAAUUGUGCACAGGCACGAACUCAUUGUCACCACAACAAGCCCCUAUGAUCAAGCAGCAUUUGGUUCUAAAACUGAUUGGCGUGUGUGAGAAAUCUCAGCGACGAAUCUAUAUCUUAGAGUCAAUCAUAUUUAUGUAAACAUUGAGGACAUUAAGGUAAAU